AUGCAUUCUUGCUCUGACGAUGUCUGUCGAAAUGGCACCGACGGCGUCGCAGGACCCUGCUUCUUCGCACAAUCCUCCUUCCUUUUUUCGCUGAGACGACAUCACCACUUCCUUCCUACCGACUUGCGCUUUGAAGUGGAGGGUCAUGUGACAAUAGUGAUGAUACUCUUGACAGCAAUGCGAAUGGUACCGGUACAGAAGAGCACGAUGAAAAAGAUAUUGGAGCGGUCAAAUGAAAUGAGAGUGGCUCGAAAGCGAAGAAAACAUAAAAUGGAAGAAAAAAACGCAGGUAAUGAUGAUAGUGAUGAUGAAUAUAGCGACGAUACUGCUCACUAUAGCAGUCAUGGUGUUGGUGGUGGUGGUGUUGGAGACGAUGCUGGUAAAGCAUUGACGAUUGGCAUGCAUCAGACUCUUAAGGGAUGCUGA